AUGAUAGACGAAGUUGAAGUAAAUGGGGCAACAGAGCACUCAAGUGAGCCUUCACAAAUUCUCUUAAAAUCAAGAUCCACUUCAAUAAAGUUUCAAUUAACAACAUUCAAUGAGACUCUGACUCCUGAAUAUUUAAGCAGUUUGUGUGAUUCCGAUAUUUCUGUUCGGCUGGAGCAUGUGGAGCGUCUGGCCAAUAAAUUUGAAAAUACUCAAUCUACUCUUGAGGAAUUGGACAUAUCCGAAUUUGAUGGAAUGGUCCGGUUUGAUUUCGAUAUGUUGUACUUGAAAGUUCGAUCAAAACUUCAACAUGAGCUUCAAGUCAGACGUACAUUCAAUUCAAGUUGCUCUACAACAAUACAUAAAUCGUCAGGUGAGAAUCAGCAAGACAUCAGGUCAAUGGCGCAUACAAUUAGGCUUCCAGAAUUACAAAUACCAAAGUUUGAUGGAAAUUAUACUGAGUGGCCUAGUUUUCAUGCCAUAUUUGAAAACUUAGUUCACAAUAACCAAGAACUAUCUGAAACAGAAAAACUACAACAUUUAUUUUCAAGCGUAAAGGGCGCAGCAUUUGACAUCAUUAGAUCGUUGAGUUUAAGUGAUGCAAAUUAUGCUAAGGCUUUAGAAUUACUUAAAAAGAGAUUUGAUAAUAAACCUUUAAUUUUACAGGCACACGUCAAGGAAAUUUUGUGGGCAAGGGAUAUAUCGAAUGAAUCAUCGACAAAGUUAAGAGAGCUUAGUGAUCGAAUCAAUUUGCACAUGCGUGCUUUACAAACAUUGGGCACCAAAGAACAAAUCGCAGACAAUUUCUUGAUCCAAAUAAUCAGUGCCAAGCUCGAUUCUAAAUCAAAGGCUAAAUGGGAAGAAGAGUUGUCCGUCCAUGAUUUGCCAACGUGGGAAAUGAUGACUGACUUCUUAGAAAAAAGGUGUCGUGUAUUGGAGAAUAUGGACGGUGCUAUGGUCUCCCUAACACCUAGCCACCAGGUAGGAAAGAAAAUUACUAAAAAAUAUAGUUAUUUGGCAGCAAAUAUGGGUACUAUCUCUUGCGUAUUUUGCGACUCAAAGGAUCACUAUAUUACAAAGUGCACACUGUUUAUAAAUCUUUCCCCAACGCUUCGAUAUAAAGAAGCAAAGAAGUUGCUGUUAUGUUUAAAUUGUUUACGCAAGGGUCACGCAUUGAAUAAAUGCAAGUCUGGACAUUGUCGUCAUUGUGCUUCAAAGCAUCAUUCAUUGCUUCAUAUGCAAUCUGUAUCUCCAAUUAAUUCGAAAGGCGUUGCACCUGAAAUACAUAUAGCAAAUCGGUCGGAAGAGCCAUCAACUUCAAAAAAUACGUCGCUGCUCUCACUGUCCUCUGUAACGUCUAUUCCUAAAGCCCCAGAAUUUCUAUCUGAAAAUAGUGUGCUACUAGCUACUGCAAUCAUUCUCAUCAAAAAUUCCUCAGGAACUUUCGUUCCAUGUAGAGCAAUUCUCGAUUCUGCGUCUCAACUCAAUUUUAUAACUUCUCGUUUAGUCAACUUGCUGCAGCUAAAUACGAAAACAACAUACACAACCAUAUCAGGCAUAGGGGAUUCUACACUUGAAACAAACAAGGUUGUUGAGCUAUUUACAAAAUCGCACUCAGGCGAUUAUUCAACUUCAUGCACUGCGAUCGUUACAACAACUAUCACAGAUCCUCAACCAAACUUUAACGUAAACAUUUCAGAUUGGUCAAUUCCAAACAACAUCACCUUAGCUGAUCCGAUGUUUUUCAAAUCACAGAGAAUCGAUGUGUUACUAGGUGGCGGCUUAUUUUUUAACUUAUUGUGUAUUGGACAAAUUCGUCUGGAAAAUAAUUUUAUGUUACAGAAGACAAGGCUGGGUUGGAUAGCAUCAGGUGGCGGUAUUAUUCCAAAAUACAAUCACUCAUUUUCGUUAGCUAUAGCUAAGAAAUCAACCACUGAAUUGGAAUUUGAAAAUGAAAAAUCGUUAAAUGAAAUUGUAAAAAGGUUUUGGGAAAUAGAAAAUUGUUUUGACGCGCACUCUUCGCUAACAGACGAAGACGCAUAUUGCGAAACCCAUUUCAAACAAAAUUUUACUCGGUUAGAUUCUGGUAAAUAUUCUGUUUUACUUCCUAAGCAGCGUAAUAUCGACUCACUCGGAGAUUCUUAUAAUCAUGCACUUCAACGAUUUCACAGUUUAGAAAGAAAGUUGCAACGUAAUGCUGAUUUAAAAACUCAAUAUGUUGAUUUUAUUAAUGAGUAUAUAAAUUUAAAGCACAUGUCACCAGCACAAUUACCAUCAGGUGUUCCAACGUGUUUUUUACCUCAUCAUUGUGUGCUAAAAAAUGAAAGUACAACUACAAAAUUGCGUGUGGUUUUCGAUGGGUCAGCUAAAACAUCCACCGGAUUUUCUCUUAAUGAUCUGCUGAUGUCUGGACCUACAAUUCAAUCCACACUCUUUGAAUUAAUUAUUCGAUUCCGAUAUUUUAAAAUUGCUCUUUGUGGAGAUAUCUGUAAAAUGUAUCGAUGCGUGCGUGUUACACAUCCCGAUGAAUAUCUUCAGUGCAUUUUGUGGAGAAGUAAUCUCGAUGAUGACGUAAAGGUAUUCAAAUUGGACACUGUGACAUAUGGAACAAGGCCAGCUGCAUUUUUAGCUAUUCGAGCGAUGCAUCAGCUGGCUCGCGAUGAAGAGAAAUCAUACCCAUUGGGUUCUAAAAUCGUUCUCAGAGAUUUUUAUGUAGAUGAUUUAAUGUCAGGCGGCGACACCGUGGAUGAAGUAAUCAACAUUAGAAGGCAAACUACUGAAUUAUUAAAAAAGGGUGGUUUCCAGAUCAGAAAAUGGUGUUCCAAUAAUCCAAGAGUAUUGUGUGGUAUCGCUGAAUCCGAACGUGUACAAUUAUUGAAAUUUAAAGAUGGUUCUGAUAUUACUAAAGCAUUAGGUUUAGUAUGGGAUCCAAACCACGACAAUUUUUUAUUUUCAUUUACUCCAGUGGUAGGUAGCCAGCAAAUUAACAAACGUACUGUUCUCUCAACUAUAGCCCGUUUUUAUGAUCCAAUCGGAUUAAUUGGACCUAUCAUCACCAAGGCUAAAAUUUUCAUGCAAACCUUAUGGAAACACAAAUUGCAUUGGGAUGAGAGUCUACCACAAGCAUUAUACUCAGCAUGGAUUGAACUUCGCUCUCAACUUACAAUUAUCAGCAGUUUUAAAUUCCCUCGUUAUGUUUUAAUGCCUAAUUCUAAAGUGCAGAUACAUGGUUUCUGUGAUGCCAGUCUGAGUGCUUAUGGUGCAUGUAUAUAUAUCAGGUGUGAGCGCUCGGGUGCAUUUGAUUCGCAUCUACUAUGCUCCAAAUCAAAGGUUGCACCACUAAAGACACUUACAGUUCCCAAGCUAGAACUUUCAGCUGCUCUACUUUUAUCGGAACUCAUUGAUAUGGUCGUCAAAACUAUAAAUUUUACAUGCGAUUUUCAUUGCUGGUCAGACUCAAUGGUGGUAUUAUCUUGGAUACGUGAACAACCGUCCAAUUUUAACGUUUUUGUCUCUAAUAGAAUUAGCAAAAUUCAAACUCUUACCUGUGGCAUGAAUUGGCAUCAUGUACCAACUUCUAUGAAUCCUGCAGAUAUCUUAUCAAGAGGAGCAGCGCCAGAUGAACUUUUAGCCUCAACACUUUGGACACAAGGACCUGAGUUUUUAAGAACAUCGCAUUUACAUUGGCCCCAAAAUACUGUUUUCGUAGCAGAAUUACCUGAACGACGCAGGAGAGUUUUAAUAACUACAUGUCAGCAAGAUUUAACGCUAUCCUGUAAAUUCGCUAACUCAUUUAAUAAAAUGCAGAUAGUUUUCGCAUAUAUUUAUCGAUUCGUGUCACUCAAACAUAAAGAGACCAUAAGGAAAACUGGCCAACUUGAUCCUCAGGAUAUUGAAAGGGGUACAAAAUUAAUGAUUUUAAACAUACAACAAACUCAUUUCGCUGCUGAAUACAAAAUAUUAAAAAAAGGAGAAAAUGUUAAUAGUUCAAGUAAACUUUACUCCCUCAAUCCUUUUAUUGAUUCAUUUGGAGUAAUUCGUGUAGGUGGUCGACUAAAACAUUCAUUACUAAGUUUCGAGGCUCGCCAUCCAAUGAUACUUCCAAAAGCUCAUGUUAUCACAAACGCAAUGAUAACCUAUUUUCAUCAGAAGAAUUUGCACGCCGGGCCACAAAGUCUGCUCGCCACAAUUCGUUUGCAAUAUUGGCCAAUUGGUGGUCGAAAAACUAUAACACGCGUUAUCAACAAAUGUGUUCGUUGUUUUCGACUUAAGCAAAAACAUGUCGAAUAUAUAAUGGGAGAUCUACCGCGCGACAGAGUGCAACCAAAUAGAGUAUUCCACACUACUGGUAUCGACUUCUGCGGUCCCUUCUAUUAUAAAUCUGAAGUGCGAACCAGACCUCCAGUAAAAUGCUACAUCUGUUUAUUCGUUUGUUUUUCGACGAAGGCUGUACAUUUAGAAGUGGUAAAAGAUCUAACUACAUCAUCGUUCUUAGCUGCUUUGAAACGUUUUACUUGUAUUCGUGGAAAUCCCAAAAUAAUUUGGUCUGACAAUGCCACGAAUUUCGUUGGUGCAAGGAACGAGUUAGCUGAAGUAAAACAAUUGUUCGAAAGUAGCCAACAUCUUAAAAAUAUUCAUCAGCAUUGUCUAAGCGAUGGCAUAGAAUGGAAAUUUAUACCACCUAGAUCUCCACACUUUGGUGGUCUCUGGGAGGCUGCCAUAAAAUCUGCAAAGCGUUUGUUUUACAGCACUGUUGGACUUUCAAUCUUAUCAUUUGAAGAAUUACGCACACUCGCAUGCCAGUUAUCGGCAGUGCUUAAUUCUCGCCCUCUUUGUUCUAUUUCAGAAAAUCCAGACGAUUUAGAAGUCCUCACACCAGCUCAUUUUUUGGUGGGUGGUCCGCUAAUAUCAAUAUCUGAGCCCAACCUUACCACGUCUGACUUCUCUCGCUUAGACAGAUGGCAACGAGUUAAUUAUAUGCUACAAAUAUUUUGGAAAAGGUGGAGUGUCAACUACCUCACCCUAUUGCAAGAGCGUAGCAAAUGGCGCUCACCUGCAGCAAAUGUUCGUGUUGGAGAUAUAGUACUAAUACAUGAAGACAAUGUUCCACCUCUUAAAUGGCAUUUAGGCCGCAUCACCAGCAUAAUAUGCGGAUCUGACAAUGUGGCUCGAGUGGCGGAAAUACGCACGAAUAUAGGAAUUAUCAAACGUGCAGUAAGGAAGGUGGCAGUUCUUCCAAUAGACGAUAAAUAUGUUUAA